ACAAUGGAAGAAUUGAGAUCAAAGAAAAAAUAUGACCCUACGGCAGUUCAAGAAGCUCUUAACAAUGCCAAAGCUAGAGGCAUUAAAAUUGUACAAGGAGGAAGAAAGACGAAAGCACUAAACAUUGAUUCAGAGGAAAAUGCAUAUGAAAUUGACGGAUCUGAAGAACAUCAUAAUCAUGAGAAACGUAUAUAGAGCUCGUUCUUUUUCUGGUGUACGCGUGCUGCAAGAAUGGGGGAUGAAAUCGAUGACAUUGAAUUUGCUCGACAGAUGUUGAGCUUAAAAGAAAACAAGUAUGAAGAAAAUAAAAGCGGAGGAAUGAAACAAGUAGUUAAGAAGAGUCAUAAGAUCAGCACUCUUUCUGAUCUUCCUGAUGGUAUCUUAUUUAACAUCCUAGUGAAGAUUCCGCCAAAAGACAUUCAUAAGUAUGUCAUGCGCGUCUGCAAAUCAUGGAAAGAAAUUGUCUCGGAGAGUUUCUUCAUUGAGCAAAAUUUCAUGGAAUCGAAAACAGAAUUAGUGAUACAGUCAGGAUUAGGAAGGCGUAUGAAAACGAAGUUGAUAGAGAUUAGAAAAGAAUUUGAAUGUGAAUCGCGUGAAGUUGGACUAAGUAAAUUAAGCAAGAUUCAUUCUAGCUGUGACGGAUUUCUAUUGAUGAGUGAACCAGGGAACAAUGGGAUGCUACAAAUCAUAAAUCCAGCAACAAAGUUCUGCCUUACUAUCCCGCGAUGCCCUUCACAUUGUCAACAUAAAGCUUGUAGUGCAGCACUUGUCUUUGACUCUUCGACAAAACAGUACAAAGUAGUGCAUGUUGUUACAGAUUCUUAUGGUUUUGAAAUAUUUAAUGUGAGCAGUGAUGAUGAUGAACUACAUUGGGAACGAGUUUCUAGUCCGUGGGAAGAUUUAAAUGAUCGACCCUUUAAUCCAAUUAACUUUCACUGGAAGAAUCCAGUGUCGAUUAAUGGAAGGAUUCUGCAUUGGUAUGUUGAUUCAGCUGAAUAUUUCAUUACAAUGCAAGUAAAAGAGGAAAAAUUCAGUCGAACUUAUCUUCCAGAACGUGUUAAACAAAUUAAUAAAACGAAGAAUUAUGCAUUGGUGGAGUUGUAUGGAUUUCUUUCUUUUAUCAACUGUGAUUCGGAGAAAACAAUGAAUGUUUGGGUUCUGGAAGAUUUUCGAAGGAAAGUUUGGUUCAAGAAACACACGAUCGUGGCAGAAUUGACAAAUUAUAUAUGUCCAUACAAAUCAUCAAGACAGGAUGAGCGAAGAAUGCCAAGAUUUUGGAACCUUGUUGUUGUCGCUGGUGCGAGGAAUGGUGAAGUAUUGAUUAUAGAGCAUAAGAAGAACUCUAGCGUAUUUAUAUAUGACACGAAGAGUAAAGUGAUGAAGCCUGUUAGCAGUAACAUGAAGAAAUUAGAAUCUUUUGUACCACACAAAGAUGGCCUCUUUCGUAUCAUGAAGUCGAUCGCGUAGCUAGUGUCAUGAUUUAAUAUGGAGAUGCGGUUAAAAGGAGCGAUUUUGUCUUGCUUGGGAUUAGGGAGUAGUUAAUAUUUUUUUUAUGUUAGUAGUUGGUACCUUGUCUAGUGUCUACAUUUAUGCAUAUGUUACAUUUGA